CUCUGACCCUUCUUUCAAAGGAAUACUGGCACAGCUCUCCUCCAUCUAUUCUGCCUCCUCUGAACCAGCACUGUCCAGAACCCAGCAUGGCUAAGAAAUGCGGGGAUUGUGGUCCUGGCUACGCUACCCCUCUGGAGGCCAUGAAAGGACCCAGAGAGGAGAUUGUCUACGUGCCCUGUAUUUACCGAAGCACUGGGACUGAGGCCCCAGACUAUCUGGCCACCGUGGAUGUCGAUCCCAAGUCUCCUCAGUAUUGCCAGGUCAUCCACCGGCUGCCUAUGCCCUACAUGAAGGACGAGCUGCACCACUCAGGCUGGAACACCUGCAGCAGCUGCUUCGGAGACAGCACUAAGUCACGCACCAAGCUAGUGCUGCCCAGUCUCAUCUCCUCCCGAAUCUAUGUUGUGGACGUGGGCUCUGAGCCGCGGGCCCCCAAGCUACACAAGGUCAUCGAGCCCCAGGACAUCCAUGACAAGUGUGGCCUGGGCUACCUCCACACAAGCCACUGCCUGGCCAGUGGGGAGGUGAUGAUCAGCGCACUGGGAGACCCUAAGGGCAAUGGCAAAGGGGGAUUCGUGCUGCUGGAUGGAGAGACCUUUGAGGUGAAGGGAACAUGGGAGCAGCCUGGGGGGGCCGCACCCAUGGGCUAUGACUUCUGGUACCAGCCCAGGCACAAUGUCAUGAUCAGUACUGAGUGGGGGGUUCCCAGUGUCUUCAAAGAGGGCUUCAACCCUGCUGACGUCCAAGCAGGGAAGUACGGGAGAAACUUAUACGUGUGGGACUGGCAGCGCCAUGUGAUCGUGCAGACCCUGCCCCUACAGGAUGGGUUCAUCCCACUGGAGAUCCGUUUCCUCCACAACCCGGCAGCUGCCCAGGGCUUCGUGGGCUGCACACUAAGCUCCAACAUCCAGCGCUUCUACAAGAAUGAGGGUGGCACAUGGUCUGUGGAGAAGGUGAUCCAAGUGCCCCCCAAGAAAGUACAGGGCUGGAUGCUGCCUGAAAUGCCAGGCAUGAUCACAGACAUCUUGCUGUCCCUCGAUGACCGCUUCCUCUACUUCAGCAACUGGCUGCAUGGGGACCUGCGUCAGUACGACAUUUCUGACCCGAAGAAGCCACGCCUCACAGGACAGCUCUUCCUCGGAGGCAGCAUCACUAAAGGAGGUCCUGUGCAGGUGCUGGAGGACCGGGAGCUCAAGGCCCAGCCGGAGCCUCUGGUGGUCAAGGGGAAGCGUGUGGCCGGUGGCCCCCAGAUGAUCCAGCUCAGCCUUGAUGGGAAGCGCCUCUAUGUCACCACAUCACUGUACAGUGUCUGGGACAAGCAGUUCUACCCUGACCUCAUCAGGGAAGGCUCCGUGAUGCUGCAGGUGGAUGUAGACACCGUAAAUGGGGGCCUUAAGUUAAACCCCAACUUCCUGGUGGACUUUGGGAAGGAGCCUCUCGGCCCUGCCCUGGUCCAUGAGAUCCGCUACCCUGGUGGGGACUGCAGCUCUGACAUCUGGAUCUGACCUCCUCCAACUCCCACCCCCUCUGCUGCUCCAGUUCCCCCACCCUCACCCCCCAGCCUCACAUCUAGUUUCUUCCAAGCAUCCUGAUGCCAUGCAACCUGAAGGUAUGGCUCAGGGUCUGCAGGCCUAGCCAGAGCUGCCCAAGGUUCACUGCACUGUUUUCCCAUAGGCUUUGGGAGUCGCUUCAUAAAAAAAAUAAUAAACUGGUGGCUGGGGAAAUAGUGUCAUGAUUCUGCAAAAAAAAUCUUCAUCCUGGGGGGCCAGGCGGUAGCGCAGUAGGGUAAGUGCACAUGGCGCAAAGCACAAGGACCAGCAUAAGGAUCCCGGUUCAAGCCCCCGGCUCCCCACCUGCAGGGGAGUCACUUCACAGGAGGUGAAGCAGGUCUGCAGGUGUCUUUCUCUCCCCCUCUCUGUUUUCUCCUCCUCUCUCAAUUUCUCUCUGUCCUAUCCAAUGACAACAACAGUUAUAACAACAAUAAUAAUAAAAACAACAAGGCCAACAAAAUGGGGAAAAUGGCUUCCACGAGCAGAGGAUUCAUGGUGCAGGCACCAAGCCCCAGCAAUAACACCGGAGACAAAAAAAUCUUUAUCCUUGAGGUUCUGAGUUCGCAGGUUCAAUAUCUUGCACCACCAUAAGCCAGAGCUGAGCAGUGUUCUGGUCUCUUUCUGUAUUUGUCUCUUAUUACGAUAAAAUAAACAAAAUGUGUUAAAAAAUGAAAUUACAAAAAUAAUAAA